AUGCCUUCUCGAACCUCGGUACCUACACCAAAGACUCGUGUCUACUGUUCACUUCUAGUUGAUCUUGACAAGACGUUCAAAAAGGACGAUUUGUACAUAUUAAAGUUUACUUUAAAAGAUGUCAUUCCUGAAGGCGUUUUAGAAACGCUUUAUCGACCACUCGAUGUAUUUUCAGCCCUGGAAGAGCGCGGUUAUCUUGGACCAGACAAUCUUGACAAACUCCGUGAGUACCUUGGUUCCGUCGAACGCCCUAAAUUGAUUGAGAUGGUUGAUCAAUUGGAAGAUGCAGAUACAGAAUUCCCUUUAAAGCCGAGAUCAGAGAAUCGUCUUGAGGAAGGCGGCUACAGUGUUUCAGUGAAAGGUGGCCGUCAUUUUGAUACAAGCAAGGGAGAAUUCGUAGAAGUUAGAAGUGGUUCAAACUAUGGCCUCACUUUGGCGAAUCAGAACAACCACCAAUGUUUGUUCUACGUUGAGAUCGACGGUUACGAAAUGUUCCCCAACGGAUUUAUAUUGGGCCCAAGACAAAACUAUACGAUAGAACGGCCAUUAAGAGUACCCAAAAAGUUUAAAUUCUUUGAAAUUUCCGAUGCACCCGCUGGAUCUGGUAUCAACAGAUAUCGUAAAGAUAAAAAUGGCUUAAUUCAAGUAAAAUUUUGUUCCGAAAGAGCAGAUAUGAAAAUUACUUGCGUGGCAUCUGGCUCUGAGGCGCAAACCAUAUCCUGUUCGACAAAUAUCCUCGAUACCCGCUUCCUGAAAUUGGUCUCAAAUGUAUUUGGCAAUGCGGCCGUGACUGUAAUGAUCACUCCAUGUAAACCAUUGGGCCAAAGAGGGGUGAAACUCGUCGAUUAUGGCGUUCGUGAUGGGUCGCGAGUUAAUGUGAGUUUGGGCGUAACUGGAGGCAAGGAUCCCGUCAACAGCUUCCCAUCCAAUGGGAGUCUGAAUGAAUCGUGCAAGAUUACCAAGAGGAGUAUGUGGAAUGCUGGAGCAACAACCUUGGAAGGCGAUAGUGAUCAGAAAUUUGGAAGCGGAAAAAAAUUUGCAAUGGAUAUGUCCCUAGCCGUGACCUUAACCCUACGCCUUGUUUCUCGUGAGAAUCAAACACCAUUACCAUCCACAGGCAACCCAACCCCUCUCACAAAAGCUACCCGUAUACCUCCACCUGUUCAGAGCUAUAAUUAAGGAUACCGCCAUUGCAUGCAUCUUAUUUGUGAACAUUUCUAUAAAGUUUAUAUUAUUACAUUUGGAUUUUUUCUUCUACAGUAUAAACGUAUAGUAGGAAUUUUUUUACUAUUUCUGUAAUUUUUUAUAUAUAAUAGCUGUAACAGAAGCCUAUAGCUCAAACGUCGCACUUUAUCACUAGUAGUAAUGUAAAAUAAAGUUUUUUGAUCUUAUUUGCAUUAUACUAUAUAGGUUUGGCACACGAAAAGUUGGACGUUGGAAUUAGGCCUUGUAUAACUGACAUAUAAAAGCUGAUAUAUACUUGUAUUAUUAUCCUGCAUGUAAUGAAUAGCUUGGCACAGAACUGAGUAGGAAGCUGGAUAUAAGACUUAACUAUAUAACUUUAUCAUCAGUAAUUCAAUAGUUCAUACGAACUGCAUCUAUUUACAGUAUAGUAUGCAGUAAUUCUUGUUAUUUAAUUGCAGUGACAAUAUGAAUAAAUUGUGUAACCUACAUAAAUUAAACUUAACGAUUGGUUGUUUAUAACCUCGUUUAUAACAACAGCAUUUUUAGCUUUUUUUCAAUCUCUUUGUUUGUUUUCCAUGUGGAAACUGUAGGCCUGUUGUGGCAUCAUAAUUUGACGAAAAGACUAUUGAAAUGAAAUUAUGUCUCAUUGAAGAUAUUAUGUCUGUAUAUACACAUUUUGGGUCGUUAGAGCGAUCUCAAACCAAUCCCGGCCCCCAAUCCCAGACCCCAAUCCCAGACCCCAAUCCCAGACCCCAAUCCCAGACCCCAAUCCCAGACCCCAAUCCCAGACCCCAAUCCCAGACCCCAAUCCCAGACCCUAAUCCCAGACCCCAAUCCCAGACCCCAAUCCCAGACCCCAAUCCCAGACCCCAAUCCCAGACCUGUUUCGUGGACUUAAUUCAUGUUGAAUGUCCACACUUGAACAAAAACCCGAAUAAGUUAACCGAAUUAACUAGCGGGAAGAAAUACCAGGCUGCUAAGCACUAGCUUUAUAUGUGGAAAGUGAACCGAUCCAUCAUCUUUGUACUGUAAUAUAUAAUGUAUUGAUUGCCUGGGAGUGCAAAUACAUUUUCACACAAUAAAAAAAACUAUUUUCGAACUAGUACUGGGGAAAUCGCUUCGGUUCCUCCUGGGAUAUUUUCGGGGCCCCUUGACUGGAAAUCCUGGCUACGUGACUACGUCACAGCUAAUUCGUUGUGUUCGAACAUAGUAUCAACCUUGUAGAUGUGCAUGAAACCCAACUUGAAGAAUUUUUUUGUAUUGAGGGUGGUUGUCACCAACUAAUUUUUGGUUUAUUUUCCUUCAGUGUGAUGUGGGAUUUGUUUACGACUCCAAAGGUAAAAAUGUUACGUAAAUCAUUGGACACUUAUAUUCAAAAAUUCCGUUCAAAUAAAUUAAAUCCCUUUUGUAUAUGACCAAAUAUUGAAAUUUUAUCAUAUCUGGCUUUACCUGUAAGUUGCAUUGCGUCCUAAUGCGCCUUGCUUUAUUAUUACACUCUGUCUAAUGCCAGAUUAUUUCACUGUAUAUUUUCAUUCUUUUUAAAGAUCACUCACUUCUUCGCAAAUGGUUAGUUCUUACUGAGCCAGACGACCAUGAAACUAUCAAGGUAUGAUUGCAUAGUGUCUUGUCAGGUUAUGUAAACUUGCACAAUGGACUGUCUCGAACACUACAACUUGGACUUUUUUUCUGGAAAUGGAAUGACUAUUUCGUGCAUGAUUGAUUUCAUACAUUUGACAAUGAAAAAAAAUUCAAUGAAAAAAAAAUAAAAGAUUUUUGCGAUCAUGCGCUGUACUUUGAUAGUUCGUAAAGCGACAUGCAUUCACUGCCUAUGAAUUCGAGUCGCAUUUUUGUACGCAAGCCAUUUUAAUCUGGUUGAAAAAAACAGCGCUUUUGAACUCGAAAGUUGAAUUCUGAGAGAAACUUUAAUCAUUAAUGUAAUGAUAUUGUGGUUUAUGUGCUCAUAUGAAAUCAUUUGAGACGAUGUUACUGUGAAUGUGCGGACACCUCAGAGUAGCAUCAUCUAAAAAAGCAACUUUAUUGUUCAAGACUCUUAACACAUAUUAUUUCACAAAAGUUGAAGAACAGUUUCUCUGUAUUAGGAUCAGGAGCAGUCAGCAACUACUCAGGAUGAAACUCAAGAUUCUGGUGGAACACUAGCUGUUAGUUGAUAUCGUACAAUUAAAAAUAUAUUGCAUUCAGUGCUCAUAUACAAAGUCAAAGGUAUCAUUCAACUUCGAAAAUCAUUUAAGUUUGUAUUUGCUUUUUACCUUUUGUAGGGUUAUGUGAAAACCAGUAUGGUUGUGUUACAACCUGGCGCCACUGCUCCGGUAUGUAUAAAAAGUACUCAAACUGACCAUGUCUAAAAUAGAUUAUGGAAACUAAACUAAAGCUAAACUAUAUACCCUUAUUAUAACACUGGAUGUAAUACAUUUAUCAAUUCUCAAGUAUUUUCCUUAGGUCCAGUUAGGUUAAUCCCUUAUUCGUCCAGUGUUAAUGGAUGUUUAUUUUAGGUUGCCGAAAAUUGCAUGCAGUGUUUGGUAGAGUCAAACUGGAAGCUCUCUUAUAUAUAACUGAGGCAAAAUUAAAAUCAGAGAAUUCAUAAUGCCGAAUUAGAACCAGCGUCACUGAGGGGAAAGCAAAAAGUCAGGACCGGAACUACUGGGGAGGGGUGUGGGGGGUGUAACAUUACCCCAAAGAAUAGUAAAAAAUGGGAGCGCAACUUGCGGACAGGGGGCCCUGGAAUGCUGGAAUUCCGGAACAUGUUAAAUAUUAAGGAAUUUUUUGGGAAAUUGAGGUCGAAAAAGGUCUGAAAAACUAAAUUUAAACCCCCAUUAUGUAAAACUAGUAUUUGGGACGUUCUGUUUUCGGAAACAAAACGUCGACCCCUUGCCGGCGCGGGACGGCCCUGCAAAAUUAAAGUACUAACAAUUGACACGAUACCAACAGUAACGUGUGCGUUUUCCUCUUUCUUUGUAGUCCCUAGAAGACACUGGUAAAAAUUCUGAUGACGAUGACAUAGAAACGUAAGCAACACUAUUGUAACUAGAUCGAAUAUUCGAAUGCAAAUUUCUAUACAGUUUUGGACGCAACCACACUGUAAAUUUCAAGGAGUAAAUGAAUCAACUCCAAAAUUGUUGUUCUCUCACCAAAACAGUGACAGAAUAACAUUUUUCACAAUUAACAAUUUUCAAUUUUCACAAUUUACAGUGCAGGAGCAGUUGCGAAAAAUGCAACUAUAAGUUCUUCGCGGCUGGAAACGAGAGGACUUUUUCACUUACUUACAUUUUUCACAACUAUAAAUCACUCAUUUUAGUGAGUUUUCCUAAAUUGUUUCAAUGUCAGGGCCGUACGCAAUUUUUCAUCAGGAGGGCAGUAAGGCCUGUAUGCCGGAAAAUGUCCCAAAUACCCAAAGAGUUGCCCCCCACCCUGCACCUCCCAGGCUGUUGCACGGCCCUAUUCAAUGUAAUAUAUUUUUUCUUUUGAAAUUAGAAAUUUGCUGCAUUCACCAGGAGUUGCUCUUACUCCAGCACUUUUCAUGCUAAGGGUAUACCGAGCAGAAGAUCUCCCUCAAAGUAAGAAAAAAUUUCCGCUCGAUUUUGCGCUUCAUGUUCGCCCAUUGAACAUUGUCCUUUUUCACGAGUAAAAUCGUCUGGCGUUAGACAGAGUAAAAUAACAAAGUAAAGCAAACCAAGACUCAUUGCGGCUUAAUGGAUAAUUUGGAUAACCAGAGCCAUGAAUGUAAAACUUAAUGCCCGAGUGAAAUAUAACAAAGUAAGGAGUACUGCACCGUUUUGUGAUUGCAUUAAAAUAUACUGGAUAACUAAGAAUGUAUAUGAAAGUAUUAUUUCACGAUUUGUACCUUAAUGAGCUCGUCUUUUUUCUAUGUUUCAGUGGAUUCUGCCUUUGUUCAAAAUGUUAAAAAAACUUUGCGAAUUCGGAAGGUAAAAUAUCUUAGCUUUUCAAAAUGACGUUUCCUCUCUUAUCCUGAUCGGAGUCUCGGCCUAUUUUUCAUUAAAGAUAGCGGCAGCUGAGGCGAACAGUUUGUCUUCAUUUCUUCAUCUCUCACCUUCUUUACAACCGUUCUACCAACUCACAUCUUUCAUUUAUCACAUUGUUUUUUGUCUUGUCCCUCAGAAUCCAUCUCAAUCUCAUCCAUCUUGUCAUUGUGUUUUCUUUCGCAUCCGAACAGCAGUGCCCAGCCUCGCGCUUGUUUCUUGGAUUUUUCGUUUUAGGUUUCUUGGCACUUUCCAGCACAGACAUGUCCUGGCUGCUGUAUAUAAAAUAAGCAUGAAAGUAUCUUCAAAACAUAAAUGAAUUCUAUAAGGUACUAUUUUUUUAACAGCAUCCAAAAGAUCUGGUCGAUCCAUAUUGCGUUGUAAAUUUUGCUGGGAUUAAGGUUUGUUGUAAUAUUUCUAUUUGUCUUGUUGCAACCGUUCUAUAACUUGAUUUAAUAAUAACUUUGUCAAUUGAUUCCUUGACACUAUUCAACUUAUAGGCAACCAGUGAAACAAUUUAUUCUUCAAAUAAUCCAACAUUUAAUGAGAUCUUGAAUGUACCAUUUCAAGUAAGAACAAUUUAUAUGUCUUGUAUAUAUAAUAUUACACACAUCUUAUCAAUAAAAAUUAAAUAUAAGCAGUAAAUUGCUAAAGAUAUAAGGAAUAAUACAUUGGUGCGCGGAAAUACCAGAUUUAUUUCGAGUGUUGAACAUGAUAUCUCACGAGUGAGCGCAGCGAACGAGUGAGAUAUAAUGUUGAACACGAGAAAUAAAUCUGGUAUUUCCAAGCACCCAUGUAUUUUUCUGUUUAUUAUAUAAAGGACAGUCUUUGAAAAGUGAUAAUUUGUACAGAAAAGCGAUAUUUGAAAAGCGAUAAUUUUCACAUGUGAGAUUAUCACGAAUAAUCUCACAUGUGAGCUUAUCACUUUUAUCAGUGCUCGAAAUCUCUAUAAAGCACUAUACUUUAUAUAAUAAUAAACAGUUAUGUUCAAUCUAUUCUCCUCCGCCGAGUUAGUAGAGAUAUGCAUUGAAUUUUAUGGUAUCCUUUUACUAUUUAUGUACCAUUUUUACAAUGUCUUUUUUAGUUCCCAUCCAUGUGUGAUAAACUUAAAAUUCAGUUAGUCGACUGGUAAGUUAUGCAUGGGUCCAAAAGCACACACGAAUUUAUCAACUACAAAGACAUUAGACCAUACUUCUUACUAUUAAGUAAAAAAUAUUUUUAUGUCAUUAGGGAUCGCGUGACCGCAGACGAUAUCAUUGGAACUAAAUAUUUACCUUUGUCAGAAAUUUCUGGAAAUGGCGGCGCAGGUAUGUUGCAAGAUAAUUAUUUUCAAUAUAACAUUCACAGUCAGAAUAUCACUCCUAGCAUCGUCUCGUAACUUCGUUUUUAAAAGACGUGUCAUGCAAGCUUCAUUUGUUUGCGAUUCAGGUUAUCUGCCAUGUUUUGGUCCAUGCUACAUCAACCUGUAUGGUUCGUCAAGAGAGUAUUCAGAUUUGCCUAACGAGUAUGAAGAACUGAACGCUGGAAAUGUGAGCAAAUUUGAUAGUUUUUCUUUAUUUUUCUCGCUUAACUCGGCUUAACCCACUUAGGGCAUUUAAUUAAAGAAAUAAUUAAAUGUUUAAAAACGAGAAUCGACUAAAGAAACUGAGAAUAGAUGAUGUUGAAAAAGCUUUUUAUAUCUAUCCAAACUUCCUUCUGGUUGUAAAGCAGCACUAUGUCAACUGCAAUUCCAAAUGUUUUUGUCCACAUUCAUUUAGGGUGAGGGCGUUGCUUAUCGUGGUCGAGUUUUGGUUGAACUAGAUACUAAGCUCAAUGCAAGUUGCACCGCAGAGAAAGACGCAAUAAGUCAAACAGAUGCCGUUAAAGUGCAAGUAAGCGACAAUCAAGAGAUCAAACAAUUUUGACGUUUCUUUGUCUCCAUUUACCUUCAUUACCUUUCUUCUUCUUCAGCCGUUCAUGCGUCGUUCGAAAUUCCGUCUUCUUGCAAGUUUUUUGGAAGCGACCAUGCUUUCCGUUCAUGAUUCACCCAUUGAAUUUGAA